CGCAAUGUUUUCUAUUGACGUUAAUCUUUAUAAACCAGGAAGAAGUAGCCUACUCUGAUAUUAAUGCUACACGAACGUUGAAACGGUGUGAUUUUAUCUCCAGGACCAGUAAAAGGAAACCAUUGAAAACUAGCCUAUCACAUAUGUCAAGGAGCCGAAAUGGUGACCUGCUGUGGAUUGGUAACUGUCAAGAAUGAACCAGUGCCUCUGAAGAGUAUUGCUGUGGAAGUGAGUGUGCAGGGGCAUGUGGCCACUGUGAGCUCCACUCUGCAGUAUGAGAACCAGGAGCAGAGCCCUCUGGAGGCCAUCUUUAUUUUCCCUCUGCCGGGAGAGGCUGCUGUCUGCAGGUUCAGCGCCAAGAUAGGACAGACUGAGGUGGUGGCUGAGGUUCAGGAGAAACAGAAAGCACAGGAGCAGUAUGAUGAUGCAUUGAGUUCGGGCCAGCAGGCCUUCCUAUUGGAGGAGAGCGAUGAGAGCCCGGACGUGUUCAAGCUGAGUGUGGGCAGUCUGCCUCCAGGGGAGAAGGCCUCUGUCAGCCUGGACUAUGUGACAGAGCUGUCUGUACAGGCUGACGACGGCCUGAGGCUCUGCCUGCCCGCCGUGCUCAACCCCCGUUACCAACCCCAGGGGUCAGACAGUGGUAGUGGUGGCAGUGCCCAGGUGUCCUCGGUGCCCGCUGGUUCUGUCCCCUACAGUCUGUCCCUCAGUGCCCAUGUGUCGUCCCCUCAUCCCAUCUCUAGAGUAGAGUCCAACUGUCCCCUGGACCCACUCAACUACCUCAACACAGAGAAAACCCAAGCCACGGUCAGUCUGGCUGCAGGUCAUCAGUUUGACCGGGAUGUUGAGCUGUUGUUGUAUUACCAAGACACCCACCAGCCUACUGCUAUAGUAGAGGCAGCACAGGCUUCUGCCAAGCCAGGCACUCUGAUGGGUGACCCAGUGGUCAUGCUGAGCUUGUACCCAGAGUUCCCCAAGGAUGUGAUGUCAUCUAUGACCUCACACGGGGAGUUCCUGUUCGUAGUGGAUCGCUCUGGCAGCAUGGAAUGCCCCAUGCACCUUGGGUCUGGGUCACAGGACCGUAUUAGCAGUGCCAGGGAAACUCUGCUGCUCUUGCUGAAAAGCCUGCCCAUGGGCUGCUACUUCAACAUCAUCGGCUUUGGGUCCAGUUAUGAGUCCUUCUUUCCUAAGAGUGUGGAGUACAGCCAGAAGACUAUGGAUGAGGCUCUGCAGAAGGUGAAAGAAAUGAGGGCUGACCUGGGAGGUACAGAGAUCCUCCAGCCUUUAAAACAUAUCUACAGCCAGCCCUGCCUCCCUGACCAGCCCAGACAGCUCUUCUUGUUCACUGACGGUGAGGUGGAGAACACCAAGGAAGUCCUGGAUCUGGUGAAGACGAAUGCCGGUUCUCACAGGUGUUUCUCCUUUGGGAUCGGGGAGGGGGCCAGCACUGCUCUCAUUUCUGGGUUGGCCAAGCAGGCCAGAGGGCACGCACAGUUUAUCACAGGACAGGACAGGAUGCAGCCCAAAGCGAUGCAGUCUCUCCGGUUUGCCCUGCAGCCAGCUGUGGUGGACAUCUCAGUCAAGUGGAAUGUCCCAAAGGAGGUGUCUGUCACCCCUCUGUCUCCACCAAUCAGAGUGCUCUUCCAGGGCCACAGGGCACUUCUGUAUGCCCAGCUCACUGGGGAGAGAUCGGGGGACACAGAGGGCUCGGUGACAGUGAAGUACAGCCUGGCCAAGCAGCCUGUUGAGAACCAGCUGAGCUUCAGUCUUAAGCCUGCAGAGGACACUGGAAUGACCGUCCACAGGCUGGGUGCUCGAACCCUAAUCCAAUCCCUGGAGGUGGAAGAGAGGGAGCAGGAUGGUGGGAAGGAGGGAGUGAAAGAGAAGGUGAUAGAGCUCAGCAUCCAAUCAGGAGUGAGCAGUGCCUUUACUGCCUUCAUCGCUAUCCACAAAAGAGAUGGAGAGGCCCUGCAAGGACAGCUGCUACGCAGACAUGUCCCCACACCAAUGUUGGAUCUAAGGGGAUGUUCACUGACAGAUUGGGAUUUUAGCAGUAGUGUACUUGAGCGCGAUAUGAAACUAUCUGAACUCGAUGAUCGAGCUGAUCAGCUUAUGUGCUCUGCGUCAGAGUUUGUGGUCGGCACAAAGAGUAUGUCUGCUAAAAAGAAGGCCGAAGGUUCGCUCGCCUCUAGGGUGAAGGGAUUCUUCUCUAAACAACUUGGAUUCUUCUCUAAACAAGGUGCUUGUGAAGUAUUAGAAUGUGACGAAGACUGUGAUGAAGAAGACUUUGACUCUCCAGCCCCAACCUCUAAGCCUAUGAGGGACCCUCUCCUCCAGCUGAUCUCCCUUCAGAAGGCCUCUGGUUCCUGGGUCCUAGAGGCAGCAUUGGCUGAGGUGCUGGUGAAGACAGAGGAGGAGGUGUCCAAGCCAAAGCCUGCACAGGUGGACCAGGAGGUGUGGGCCACAGUUUUAGCCCUGAUAUGGCUCUAUGGUUUCAAGAUGGAGGCUCAGGAGGAUUGGCAGUUUCUGGCUAUGAAGGCAGUAUCAUGGAUUCAGGCUCAGAAAGUGGCCAGUGUGUCUGAGUGUGUCCAGGCUGGAAACACCCUUCUGGGUUGCCAAGUGCAGAAAGACACCCUGGGACUCUGACAUGUUCACCCUCCCAGUCCUCAAUCUGUCCCCCAUACGCCUGCUACUCUACCUGGGGUGAGAUUUUCACACAACCCUGCCUGCUCCUAGUCCCCUACUCCAAGCAAACUGGUGGAGCUAGCAACUGUAUCCGCCUAAACAAGCCUAAUUAUCAACCUCUUACCUAUAUCAGCCUAUUGUCAUUUACUGUUGGGACACUUAUGUAUCUCAAUGUAUUGGUUGUUAUUAACAUAUCAACAUUCAUCUACGUGUGACGUAUACAGCUAAACUUGUUUAGACUUUGCUUUGGUUAUCAAUUCCAUAUAGACUACUGGAAACAAUGUGUAUGCAGUACUUGUCAUCACUAACCAAAAUUAUUGCCUUAUGCUUGCUCCAAAUGCUUGGAAAAAAAUGGCUUCCCACUGGGCACAGUUGUCAAUUCAACGUCUAUUCCACCUUGGUUCAAUGUCAUUUUAUUGAAAUAACGUGGAAAAAACAUUCUAUGUAUAUUGUAUGUAUCCAUUAUCCAUGUAUAUGGGGCCAAAUGCAUGCAGGAAGGAGUUGUGGAUAAUAUGCAAAGCUAGAUGAGUGCCUAUCCCAGUGCCUUUACUGUGUGAUCAUGUAACACUGUGUCUCUGUAUUCAUGUAAUUCCUCAUAUAUGACUGCACUUGAUUAAAAUCUAUCACAAUCUACA